UAGUGACCAACGAUGAUUUGACCAAUCAUAAUUUCUGUUGCUAUCUGUCUGCAUGAGUGUGUGUAGAUCCAGUUGGUGAAAAGCUACUUUAUACAAGAAUCAGACUUGCAGAAGUUGAGAGUGUUGUUACUAUCACUAAAGCUGUGGCUGCUACUGAUUGUAUGCAAGCCAGUGAGUAAGCUAUAUAGUGAGGUUACAGAGACAUAGGAAGGCAAGUCACUGCCUGAAAAAUGAGUGACAACCUUGCUAAACAACUCUACUGGGAUAGUCAGAAUGGCCCUGACCAAAAUAUAUUUGAGCUGCUACAGAGAGGAGCUCCACCCAACAACAGUCACUACUACACUAGAGAGCAGGAUGGACACACUCCACUACACUGGGCAUGUGCUAACAAUCAUCUCCGCAAUGCCGAACUACUCAUGAAGUUCGGAGCCAUUGCAGCUACAACAAAUAACUAUGGCAGUACCCCUUUACACUGGGCAUGUCUUCACAACAAUAAGGACACUGCUAAGCUGUUACUGGAGCACCACUGUCCUACAGAUAUCAAGGACAGUAGUGGACAGACUGCUGCUGAUGUGGCCAGAGAGAAGGGGUACAGUGCCUUGGCUGAUUAUGUGGAGGGUUUCCAGCCUCGACCUAGAGAUCCACUGUCCUCGUACCCAACACUGGAACAGCUGAGUCAGCUGAAAUGUGACCAAUGGCUUCAACUUGGUGUUCGCUUGGGAUUGGGCAAUGACCAACUGGACACCAUAAAGAAAAGCCAACAUCCCACAACAGAAACUCUUCAGGCAGCCAAACUCAAGAAUAUUGACAUGCAGUGGAAGGAUAUUGUGGAAGCUCUAAUGAGCAUUGGAGAGUACAAGUUGGCAGAGAGUGUUUGCAGUCAGCAAGGGGAAGGUGAGAGUGCGCUGUCAGUGAGUGCAUUCUAUGGCUGGCUGGACUGUGUCAAGCGUCUUGUGGAAACUUUUGGCCUCGAUCCAAAAGUGGCAGUGAAUGAGGCUGGAGACACUCCACUCUCUCUGGCGUACAAAAACAGACAUUUGGAAACGAUCAAAUAUCUUGCUCAAAAACAUCAGUGCGACCCAAAAUUUGCAGUGAACGAGGCUGGAGACACUCCUCUCUCCCUUGAGUGUUCCCGUGGUAACCUGGAGAUGGUCAAGGCUCUUAUCAACAAGCAUGUUGAUCCAAAAAAGCCAGUCAACAAGGCUGGUGACACCCCACUCUCUCUGGCCUACAAAGGUGGACACUGGGAAGUGGUCAAGUAUCUCGCCAUCACUCACCACUGUGAUACAACAAGUAUCCUCUUGCUAGCAGUAAAGCAUGAGCAAGAUUCAACAGUGGAGUUUCUACUGGAAGAAUGCCGUUGUGAUCCGAAUGUGACUGAUAAAGAAGGCAAGACACCUCUCGAUUUAGUCAACGACCCUAAGAUCAAAAAGCUACUCUUGAAAUACAGAGCCAAGGCAGAAUUCCAUAGCGAUCGGAAUGUGACUGACAAAGAAGGCAAGACUUACUCUUCACAGGACCAUAAUACAUUAAGAGAAGAGCACUUGAUAUCUUCUACACCGACCUUAGAUGACAAAGCUGGCAGUGAUCAUGUUGUCCCCGGAAUCUUCCCAAGCCCUUACAAACAAGCUGAUAAACCACAACCUGUAAAGGCUGAUAAACCAAGCCCAGAGAGAGGAAGAGAAACAGAACAAAAGCCAUCCAAGGAGGAUGAACUGCCUAACGAUGUGCCAAAAGCAUUCUGUGAACUACCUUCUACUACGAUAAAGACUCGAUAUUCAGAGGAAAGUGAUGCUACUUGUGCUCGUGCUCAAGUGGCUACAGGCAAACUGUGGCCAAUCAAUUACGGGUCACCAUUUAACAUUACAACCCAACCCAACGAUAUUUGCUGUAAGCCUGGAGAGCAAGCUAAACUAACGAUAUUGACAUCACCACCUGCUACUACAUAUCAGUGGUAUUUUAAAAAUCAAAUAAUAUCAAAUCCUGACUACAAAGGACAAACAUCUGAACGUCUCCUGAUAUUAAAAUUCCUUCCUAAGCAUAAAGGUGUUUACUGGUGUGUUGCUGAAGAUGCAUCAGGAACACGGACCACCUCACGUCAUGCAACACUCACUGCAGAGGGAGAGAAUAUUGAAAAGCAAGAAUUACAAUUCAUAGGGAAAAUGUUGGAAAAAUCUGCAAUUGACUUUGGCAACUACGGGAUUGAGAAGGGGCACCUACUCAAUGGCUCGAGUGAUGUGACUUACGAAGAAAUGGAGUUUGUAAUGAAUUUGAAUCUAAGGACACAAGUGCUGUCCAUCAACCUAAAACAGGAAGUCACAUCAAGACUGAAAGAGGAGCAACUCUAUGCCAAAGCCAUAAAAAAGAAGAUCUCCCUUACCUACACCAAAAUCGUUGCCCUUGGUCCAGGCCAGGUUGGAAAGUCUACUUUUGUUAGCAGAUUGUUGGGAAUAAUGGUAGGAAACAUCCAAACUUCUCCUCCAGAAACACAGCCUCGAUCUAGUACAGGUAUUUCGGAGUCGAGAGAAGCUUGUAUACAAUAUGGAAGAUUAACUUGUGCUAUUACUAAUGAAAGAAAGUGGCAUGUUUUGCAAGAUGAGCUACACAAUCAACUAAGUGGCCUAAUGUCACUAAUAGUGAAGCAAUCUCAACAAGGCCCACAGCAUGAAACAUCUAAAAAUAAUAGUCAAAGAGCAAGCAAGAUUGAAACUGUUGAAUCACUGGUUAAUGAUCGUGGUAUUCAAGUAACUACAGAUUUAUCCCCUGGUAAUGAAGGCACUGGAAUAAAAUCAUUGCUAGUUACUGCUGGCAGACAUAUUCUGAAAUUGUUGCCAGUUACUAUUCAAGAGCCAAUUGUUACCAGACAAAGUGCAUUGAUGCCUAGGGAAUCAGAUAUUGAUAAAACAAUUAGAGAAUUUGAUGAACUAAAACAUGAAUGCAGUCAUAGGCUAGAAACGGUCGAAUUUGAAAUGUUGUUUAAUGUAGCUGAUGUUGGUGGCCAACCAGCGUUUCUAGAAAUGCUACCAGCCUUAACUAUAGGGCCAGCUCUCUACCUUUUAUUUAUGAACCUUAAACAAGAUCUAAGUUCAAGAUACAGUGUGCCAUUCAAAUGUAAGGACUCAAAAACAAGUCUUUGUAAAGAUUACUCCUAUACUUCAGAAGAAGUCUUAUUUUCAGCACUUUCAAGUAUUGCUUGCUUUGGACACCCAGAUGAGCAAGUUGAACAAUAUGUUCAGAAACCAGCAUCAGGUGAUAAAGAGCGGAAAGAUUCUCUUGCAUUACUUGUGGGAACGUUCUUUGAUGAAGUUAAAAAUAAAGAAGAAAUAGAAUUAACUAACCAGCAGCUAAAUGAACGACUUAAAGGCACAGCAUUUUAUAAAGAAGGGCUUCUUCACAGAAAAAGUUUCAGUUUACUAGUGAACAAUAUGAGUGCAGAAGAUAGUGAAAUAGAAGCUCACAGAAAAAAACUAGAAACAAUACUUACUGAAAAGUUUAGAAAGUAUGAAAUUCCAACACAAUGGUUAAUGCUCAGCAUCUGUCUUAAGCUUCUUGCUAGAAAUCAAAACAAGUAUCAUGUUUCCUUUGCUGAUUGUGUCAAGUUGGGGAAGUAUUUGAACAUGGACGAAGACAUGGUGAGUGUUGCUUUGCAAUUUCUCCACAAAUACAUCGGGCUUGUGAUGUAUUUUCCUCAUCAUGAAAGCCUUAAGAAAAUUGUAAUAUGUGAUCCCCAAGUAGUAUUUUCAACUAUCAGUGAACUAAUCUUUAAUAUUUACGAUCACAACAAGAAUCAAGUUAGCGAGGCACAGUAUGACCGCUUUGUGGAAACUGGCUGCUUUUCACCUCAAGAUAUCAUGCUAACACACGUGAAAGAAGAUAAGAAGAAACUUCUUUCUAUUACCACCGUAGUUGAUCUACUAACGCACUUAAAUAUUGCUGCUAAAGUUCCCGUAUCUUCUAGUAAGGGCGAGGUGUUGUAUUUUCUACCUGCGGUUCUUCAAACUGCUGAAACAGAUGCUAUUAAAAGAAAGCAAAAGGGAGGAAAUGAUCAAUUACUUCCAGAACCAAUCUGCAUUCGAUUCAAAACCGGAUAUAUACCUUUAGGAUUUGUGUGUGCUUUAAUUGCAAAUCUUACUGCUGAAAAAAAAUGUGAUCUACUUUUUGACGAAAGCAACAAGCUCUACAAGAAUAUGAUUCAAUUUCGAUUUCAGGGUAUGAUUAAUCUCACUGUAAUUUCUUUGCCACGAUAUUGUGAGUUCCGUGUCACUAGGCAGCUCCCAGAUAAUGAUAGCAUUGAGUUUUGGAGUGAGGAUGGUUGUCCUCUGAUCAUGGAAACUGUACGUACAGUUGCCAAUAAAGUUAUUCAAUCUUUGCAGCAUGGCUUGCGUUCAGUAAACAAUGAUUCUGAAAUAUAUGAUUUUGCUUUCCAUGCGCAUUGCCAAAGGAAUUCCGAUACUGACUUUGGACAGGAAUGUCUCGCUAAACUUGACUAUAAUGAUUCCGAUAAAGAGAUUGACGUAGAAAAAAAUAUUCCGGAGAAGGUUAUAUGUACAAAAUGUAAAACUGCUAUUCCACUAACUCCAGAAAUGAUGGUAUGGUUUGGUAAGGUUCCAAGCACUCCUCUAAGAAUUUGCGAGCAGCCUGCUCGAAAAGGGAAUGUCAUAAGCAUACGUGCUGAUGGAGUACGACCACUAACAUAUGAAUGGCUUGUAGGUGGGAUAAAGCUCUGUGAUGGUGAUGACCACGACUAUGACGGCUAUGCAACAGACAGUCUUAUCAUUAAAGAUAGCGAUUUAUUGUCAGAAGUUUUUUUCAAAUGCCAAGUAAAGGACAGAUUCGGCAACUGUGUUGAAUCUAAUGAGCUUGAUCUCUUUGAAGAUAAGCUCAGAAGAACUUGGAAAUUAAAAAAAUCAGAAAUCAAUAAAUUAAAGAGAAAUGGAUUUACAAGUAUCAGAGAACUGAAACGUCUCCAGCUUAACACGCUAGACUUUAACAUGGGUGAGAAGGAAAGGAUAAGACCACUCCUUGCUUCUCUUCGAGUUCAAUGGAACAUUAAACAACAUCCCCAGGAUGUGCUUAUUAAAGUUGGUGAGGAUGCCAAAUUCUUCAUUGCUGUGACCGCGUCUUCUCCUGGGCAGGUCUCUUACAACUGGUGCUUUAACAAUCAGAGUAUAUCAGAUGACAACGCUAACUACAAGGGAGCAACAACAAGUGAACUGGUUGUUUUGAAGUCCUUGUCCAAGCACUGUGGUAGCUACAAGUGUAUUGUCACAGAUCAACUUUUAUCGGAUGUGCAAGUCCCUUCAUUUUCGGCUGUCCUUGAAAUUGAUGGAACCAAAAUUGAAGACGAGGAGUCUAAACUCCUUGGAAUAAUUUUACAGAAGGUGACUUCACUGCAAGAUGGUGAACUGGAUUUAAAUAUUACGGAGCUACUCAGUGGAACAAGUAAUCUGACUUAUGAGGAGCUACAAAUAGUCCUUGAUCGGACCACACAGACAUCAUAUUUAUCAACUGAUCUGGAACAGAAGUUGACAACACGGAUACAGGAGGAUAAAAUCUAUGAUGAAGCAAUAAAAAAUGAUAAAAAGAUUAAAUUGUUCUGUCUCAAAAUGCUUGCUCUUGGACCAGGACAAAUAGGAAAGUCAACGUUUAUCCGUAGACUUCUUGGAAUCAUGGAAUGGGAUAUCGAUGAAGAUCCCGAAAAUGGACCAACAAGAAGCACUAGCCUUUCUGAAUAUAGAGAAGUAUUCUUACGCUAUAGUCACGAAUCAGUAGCUCUGUCAACUGAACAAAGCUGGCAUGUACUUGAUGAAUCAGACGUAGGUAAGGAAUUGAGAGCACUCAUUUCCCUAUUAAAUAUUCAGACUGAAGCCGAAACACUUAGUGAAACGGUUGCUUCAGAAGAAACAAAGGUGACUCCUCAAGCAUCUCUUCAACAAAGUGAUUCACCUCCUAGUGAUUUAUCUGAUUCUAAAGUGAUCCCAACAGUAAAUGAAAGAGAAUCUGAAAAAAACUCUGUUGCUUUAACAAAUAAUACUUGUCCAUCUUCCGACACUCUAAAAGCUCAAACAAAAGUUCAAAAAAGCGAGAUUGAUGAAGUCUAUGAAGAGUUUGAGAAGCUACGUUCUUCCACAUCGAGUGAUUCCCCCGAUGAUGAUAUAAAGUCAAUACAUGCCUUAAUCAACAUCGCUGAUGUUGGUGGUCAACCAGCUUUCUUAGAAUUGCUACCUUCUUUGACAAUUGGACCAGCAAUGUACCUUGUAUUCAUGAAACUUCUAUGGGAAUUGGAUACUCCACAGGAGACAAGAUACAAAGGCGAAAACGAGAUGGAAGCAUUAAUCUGUAAAAACUACACAUAUACACCAGAAGAAGUUAUUUUCACUGCUCUCUCAAGUAUUGCAUGCUUUGGUCACUCUGAUCAGGAAGUAGAGAAGUAUGUAUAUUCUGACCAGGAUGCUAACUCAGAUGUAAAUAAGAAGAAAAUCAACUCACUUGCAUUGAUUAUGGGCACCUAUGCAGAUGACCUCAAAUCUGAGGAUCUAGCAGCUACAAAAAAAGUAGAAGACACCAAUAAGCGACUUCGUGCAACGCUGGCCACUACCCCUUUCUAUAAGGAUGGCCUUAUCAAAUAUUCUAGUCUAUGCAAAAAAGAAGUUCUCUUUCAAAUUAAUAAUAAGUCUGGGGGCAAACCUGAAGUUGAUAACUAUAGAAAACUUAUUAAAAAUCUUAUUGAAAGCAAAUUCCGACAGUAUAAAAUCCCUGCAAGGUGGUUGAUGUUUAGUAUUUGCUUGAAAAUUCUUGCUCAGAAAAAAAAGAAGAGUGUCAUAGAAUUUCUGGACUGUGUUGAAGUUGCUAGGCGUUUUGGUAUCAAUGAUGAAAAGACAGUCAAAGUUGCUCUAAGAUUCCUUCACAAAUACAUCGGGUUAGUGAUGUACUUUCAGAAGGAUGAAAAGCUCAAACUUUCAAAGGAUAUCGUCAUCUGUGGUCCUCAAGCAGUUUUCACUUCUAUUAGUGACCUUAUUUUUAAUAUUUAUGAUCCAGAUGUAGAACCACCUGUGUUCGAUCGCUUCACACAAAAGGGUUUCUUUUCUCCUGAAGAUCACAGCAUGGAGGCUAUCGCUGCUAAAAAAAACCAAUUACCCAUUGAAGACCUAAUACCGUUGUUGGAGUAUCUAAACAUAGCUGUUCCGAUGGUUGUGGAUUCGAUCAAUGGGUACUUUCUUCCAGCAGUUCUUCAAACAGCCACCAGUGAGGUAUUGAACAUGUCUCUCGAUGGAGCAGAUACUGUUCGAGAUCCAGAGCCCCUUUGUGUCCGUUUUAAAACUGGUUUUGUACCAUUGGGAUUUGUUUCUGCCCUUGUGGCUAAUUUAUUAAAUAAUAACAACAAGGAUCUGCUUUUACUUGGGAACGAGCAAGAAGAAGUGGUGUACAAAAACAAAAUCACAUUUCGAUUUCGAGGCCGUUACAAUAUUGUGCUGAUUUCCCGGGCCAAGUAUUGUGAAUUUCGAGUAUCUCGACCCCUAGGUGCUGCUAAAGAUGAAGAGUUCAGCAAAUUUUGCCCACUGCUUAAAGACAUGUUACAGAAAUCAAUCAAGGAUGUAAUCGACAGAAUGCGACAGAGUUCUCUAUUCCAGCCGUCACAUGGCUAUGAUUUUGCUUUUAAAUGCCCUCAAAGCAACUGUAAGAAAACAAUGGGUAGCGGAUCAUCAUUACUAGUAAUUAAUCCAGAAGACCAGCACCUUAAAAGCAUGACUUGCGAGAGCUGCAAGAUUGCUAUAGAUGUAACCCUUCAAAUGAAGACAUGGUUCACAAAGGACCUAGCUCAUGAUGAUAUUAGUGAUGAUGAUCAACAGGAUCCACGGACUACCAGUCUCUGUGAGUUGAUGGUCAAGUAUGGAGUCACUGACAAACAGUUGAAUCGAGAGAUUACACAAGAGGACCUUGCUCCAGUAGCUAUGCACUUUGAUACUGUGGAGCUCUACCUCAACCCACUGAAGUUGAAUGGAAACGAACAAGUUGAUGUGAGGACUUCCGGUCAUGUUAGUAGCAGUAAUCAAGUAGCAGUGAUUAACUGUUUGUCAAUCUGGAGGGGACACAAACCCAGCGAAGCAACCUUCAGAGCACUGAUUAGGAUCUUAUGGGAUCUGAGGAAGGAAAAAAUUGUUACCAACAUUUGUCAGUACUUGGAAAAAAAGGACCAUGACACAUUCGGAGAGGAGCACCUGGUGCAAGUAUCUCAGAUUUCCGGAAAGAAUGACUCAGCCACAUGCACACAGAGAGGAGAAGACUUGCUACCACUAGAUAAAGUGAAGAAAGCCGUCAUUGCAAUCACUGCUGACUGGUACAGUCUGGCAAUACAGCUGGAUAUCGACUACAAAGCUAGAAAGGUCAUUGAGUGUGACCACCCAUCGGCAGCAGCUAGGUUCCAUGCCAUGUUGCAGGACUGGGUGAGGAGACCCUCCCCUCCCCCCUCCUGGUCGGUCCUCAUUAGAGCACUAAAGUGCCCCGUCAUCAGUCGAGCAGACAUUGCAGCAGACAUUGCAGCAGACUUGGAGAAACAUCAGGAUUUGGGAGUAUCUAGAGAUGGUGAAUCAUCCAUUCCCUCUCAGGGUCAGCAAAACGUAUUUGUCCAGAAAGAGCCACUCAGUGUAGACCAGCACUUGAAGGUGGUGAGAGAGACCACCUGGGAAGCAAGAGCCAAAUGGAAGUGUCUGGGAGAACAGUUGGGAGUUAUAACCAUGGAGAAAUUAGAGGAGAUUCAGUACAACCAUCACAACCAUCAUGAUGUAGCUGGAGCUUGUUUAACUGGCAUGCUGGAGCACUGGUUGACCCAGACCGACCCUCCCCCCUCCUGGUCUGCUCUCAUUGAGGCUCUCAGAUCCCGUGCUCUUGGUCAGGGGGACAUUGCCAAUGAGAUUGAGAUUAGGAUCGCUAGAGACAAGUGACACAUGAAUUGUCCAAAAAAUAACUGUCUUGUUUUAUUUGUAUAAUUAUAGUUCCUCUCUCAGACUUAAACACAUUGCAUGCACUGUAAGACUAUUCUAGUUAGAUUGCAAGAACAUUCUAGAUGAUGUAGCUAGUUUGUUAGUAGAACGUUCUAGAAACAGGGUUUAGCAUUUAAGUAUUGAGUUAAAUUUGUAUUUGUUAAGUAGAAUCUACCACCGAAUUGACUGUGAAAACUGA